AUUUCAGCCUCCCCAAUCGCCUCCAUCUCUAUUCUCGUUCUCAACUCUGAGCUUGCCUUGCCCUCUCUCUCUCUCUGCAACUACAAACUACAAAAUCUACAAGAAUCAGAAGUUCAAAACCCAUAUAUUUGAGUUUAUCUAUCUGUCUGCAAGAAUCAAAAGUUCAAAACCUAUUACCUUUAUCAAAACCCAUAUCGGCAUAUCAUUACAGAUUGUUCCAAAAAUCAAAACCCAUAUCUCACAGUUUCCAUCGCCCGCUGUUCCAGUUCGGGUUCGCCGUUCGCAAGCUUCAGCCGUUGUCCCUCAACUCUCAAGCGUGCCGCCCACAUCCCCCCCCCCCCCCCCCCCUCUCUGCAUCUGCUAACUUGAUUUGAAAAACUAAUUGGUAAAUUUGGGUUGAACUUGAGUCUUGAACAAGCUGAAGGCCCUUAUCGUGGAUUAUAAUUUUUACAAUUACAGCAUCCUACGGUCGUGCUUUCAUCACUUCAGACUCUAAGUAUAAAGCACAACAAAUUGGAUCAAUUGAUAUUCAAGUAUUGUAGUCUGUAAUAGAAGCUAUGGAUGAGGUUGAUCAUUACAAUGUUUUGGGUUUGCCAUCUGGUGAAGAAGGAGCUAAACUUUCUAAUGAAGAUAUUAAAAAAGCAUAUAGGUUGAAGGCAUUGGAAUUGCAUCCAGACAAGAGGCCGGAUGACCCCAAUGCUCACACUGGCUUCCAGAAGCUCACUACAUCUUAUGGAGUUCUUAAGGAUGUUCAAACGAGGAAGCUUUUUGAUGAUCUUCUCCAAGUCAGACGUGAACAGAUUGUUCGUAGAUCACAACAUGAUUCUAAGCGUCAGAAGAUGAUGUCUGAUCUUGAAAAAAGAGAGCGAGCUGCUUUUGCUCCGGACUAUGCCACAAAAGCUCGAGAAGAAGAAGAGAGAAUUGCUAAGAAGCUUAAAGAAGAGAUUGCAAGAAUUCGGGCAAUGCAUGCCAAUAAAGCAGCAUCUCCAACACCAGUUCCUAAGAAGGAGAAAACCGUAGGAGGAAAGGGGGGAAUGGAUGGUGCUGGGACCGGACUAGAUAAAGAGAAGGUGCUUAAGGUAUCAUGGGAGAAAACUGGGGGGGAUUAUAAUGCUCAAAGAUUGAGGAAGUUGUUUGAGCAGUUUGGUGAGGUUGAGGAUGUAGUGAUCAGGAGUUCAAAGAAAAGAGGCUCGGCACUGGUCGUAAUGGCAUCUAAAGAUGCAGCCGCUGCUGCUACUGGAACUAUGUGCGGAGAUCUUUCAAAUCCUCUAUUAGUGAUUCCCCUUCAACCAACCACAACUACUGCGUUUCAUAGUGCCCAAGGAUCUUCUGAACAUGAUGGUCCAAAACUAAGCAAUUUGGUUGGUGCUGGAUAUCAGGCUUUCGAAGAUACAGUGUUGAAGAAACUAGAAAAGGCAGCAGGGAAGCAAAAAUGAUGUGCGAAAGCGUCGAAGAUAGGUGUUUAAAGUGGUACUUGGCAAAGUUUGUAUAUAUUAGAAUGAAACUCGACUGGUAUCAUAAUCUCUUCCAUUAGAAGCUAUCGAGUGAGUCUGACCCUCAACCUCUUUUCCCAAUGGAGUUUUCUGCUCUUGCGGAGUUUGACAGUGUUUUGGAUUAUUUUGAAUCCAGAUGAUCAAAUGCAUAUUUAAAAGGCUGAGACUUUGUAUGCUAUAGAUUCUUUGAGAGAGAGAAGGGGGGAUGCCCCAAAGCGGACACAAGAUAUCUGCGCACCGACCAUUAGGGGUAACAGCCUCCCGAAUGAUGGCAAGGAGAUUGUGCCCGGUGACAUUCAAGAUGCGGGAUUGUUUGGAUACGCUCGUUACUUCAAUAAGCUUGCAGUUGUUAAGUAAGGAGCCAGCCAGCAUUAAGUCAGUUUCCAACAGUGAAAGUCAGGGUACGGUCUUAUGGCCAAAUACAAUUGAUUCUUGAAAUUUCGUCUUUCUGAAGAUUAUUAAUUUAUUCCUCUUAAUAUAUAUAUGGUUCCCUUUUUUAA